GGUUCGGUUUUGUUAUUGUUUAGCCUUUAGGGUUACUGAAGCUCGGAAACACUAUCGAACCUCUCUCUAUAGCCGGAGAGAGUUGAUUCACCGAAACUCAAAGAGAGAGAGAGUUAGCAGCAAUGGAGGGAGCAGAAGAAGCUGGAGAGGAGAUAAUGGUCGAUUCAAAGGACUUACAGAAACAAAGCAAAGCUUUAGACAAGCUUACCGAUCGCGUCGAGGAUCGCCAGCUCGAUUCCAGUCGUGUUCAAUCGGCUAUGGCUUCGAUCGCUGCUUCUAGGGAGGCUGAUUUAAAUGCGAAGAGAUUGAGGGAGAAGGAACUGGCUUCUGUUAAGAUCAACGCCGCUGAUGUUGAGCUCAUUGUCAACGAACUCGAGCUAGAGAAGAAUGUGGUGGAGAGAACUUUAAGGGAGAACAAAGGCGAUGCCGUUGCUGCUACUAUGGAAUUGCUCUCACGAUAUCCUCUAUGAAGGACCAGUUCCAGCAUUUUCUUUUGUGUGAGAGCAACUUAGCAAGUAACCGAAUAUUUAACUCAAGUUCGAAGUUUUAUUCUUCUUAUCAAUUUAAAUCGGGUUGGUCUUGGAACUGUACUAAACUACGUGAUACUAUAGUAACAGAGACACUUUCAAAGCAAAGCAAGAUAUUAAGUUUAAAAUUAA